AUGAAUGAUUAAUAACUCGGGUAUUAGAUAUGCAAUGAGGAAUGGUCUGAAGAUUAAGAAGAAGAUCCCAACAAUCCUCAUAUUCAAAGAACCUCUUAUUCUAGAUCAGUGGUAAUAAAUGAUAGAAUCUAUAUUUUCACAAAUUUAUCUGAAAAUAUAUCAUCACCCCUAAAGAUUAUUGAUCUUAAUUUGAAAAGAUUAUUUCCUAUUUAGUUCAAGAAAUUUGGACCAACUACAACAAGAAUUAACUAUUCGAUAUCAAAUUACAAGCAUAAGGUAUAUUUUUAUGGAGGAUUAAAUGAAAAUUCUAAAAUUCUAGAGACUAUGGAUGAAUUUGAUGCUACUACUUAUAAGUUCCAAUAGGUGAAAUACAGACUAGAUUUUAAGCCUAAGGGCAGACAGGCUCAUUGCUCUAUUGCUAUUGACUAAUACAAUAUGUUUAUUAUUGGAGGAUCAUAUUCUGAUAACUUAAUUGAUCCUUAACCUAUUCCUGCAGAUGAAAUGAUUUUAAAUUUUGACAUGGAUGCUUCUACAUUUCAGCAAAUAACAAUUAAACCAACUGAGACAUCAGAUGCAAUUCCAAAUAAUUUAGUUUAUCAUUCUGUAUUUAGACUAGAUGCUAUAAAUCUAGGAAUACUUUGGUAUGAAUAUGAAGCAAUUAAUAAUCAAGAUGAAAAUAAGAGAAGAUUAAUGAGGUCAACAAUAUAUAACAUCACGAAAUACACUUGGAGAGACAUUAACCUAAUAGGAAAUGAUUUGCCUAUAUUUAGAUUUGGUCACUCAAUUUUAACUUACUAUAGUAAAGAAAGAUUAGCCGAUAGAAUUCUCAUACUUGGCGGGAUAGAUUAUUCAGAUCCGACUAAUAAGUAAAAUGAGUUUGUAGUAUAAGACUUGGACUUCUAGUUAUCCUAAAAAUUUGAAUAAAGUGGAAGUGGAAGCCUUUCCACAGAAAAGAAAUAAAGUAAUUUAAAGUAAUUCGCAGAGGAUAGUGAGUUAUCUGAAUAACAGAGCUCAUAAAAUGCUGGUGGUACAAGUGGUGCAAAAAAAAAGAAAAAUAAGAAAAAAUCAUCCUAAAAUACUGGAAUCUAGGAUUGA